CGGUAUCACACAGGGUUGCUAAUAUUGGUUUUUUUAUGCGCAAAUUCAGCAAUUUUGAUUUUUUGAAGCACGUUCAGUGUCGAAAUUCAUGUUUGAUGUUUUGGCAUUUACUUGACUUGUUGAUAUAUAUUCUAGUUUCUACUAUUAAAAUGGGCUGCAGUACGGUAUAUAGUGUGCAACAAUACCUACUGCUUAGCUACCCCCAGGAAUUGUUUUUCUUGUUUAUUAUUUUAAAACCACAACCAAACUUUUGCAGCUACUCAGAUAGAUAUUCAAGCAGGGGUGUUGUGAAUUUAGUUUUUCACGUUACAUUGUUAUUUGUCAGUUUUUAGUUAUGUUUAUGAAAAAAUUUGAAAAUUAAAUAAUUAAUUGUCAUUAAGCCUUCCAUUAUUCCGAGGAGCUUCAGUUUAAUCAGUCAAUAUUCAACUUCAUUUAUUACAUAGCUUCGAGAUUGCGAUGUGUACUUAUUUAAUCAGGCAUUGCCUUUCGUUAUGGUUAAUUUUUUUAUUGUAAUCUUUGUUUUAUGAAGCAAGGUUUAUUUGUGAUGAACUGUGAAGUCAAACUCUUUUCAUUUAAUUUCUCUAUUGUUUAAGGUAUUAAUUAAUAGUGGUAUAAUCAUAAGCAGUACUUUAUAAAAUCAAAUGAAGUCAUCUCAGAAAUGGAAGAAAAAAUCAAUACAGAUUCUAAAGAACAAGCUGUUGAAAUUUUACAACAAUUGAAUGAAUAUCGUAAAACUGGACGUCAUUGUGAUUUCAUGAUCAAAGCUGGAUCUGAGGAACUUCCUGUUCAUAAGAAUAUUGUGUCGGCAAGUUCCGAUUAUUUUAAAGCAAUGUUAUCUCAUGAAAAUGUUGAAACAAAAUCUGGUGUCGUUGAAAUAAAGGAAUUUGAUGAAGUUUGUGUUAAAAAAUGUGUUGAUUUCAUUUACACUGGAGAUGCUUAUGUUGCCAAAGAAAAACGUGAAACACUCAUGGGUGUCGCUCACAUGAUGCAGCUGCAAAGACUUUGUGAUAGUAUUGCAAUUUUUCUGGAAGAUGAUCUUGAUCCUAAAUCGUUUUUUCAAACUAAAAAAAUUGCGAAUAGGUACAACUGUAAACAACUUGAGGAAAAAUGCAACCAAUUUGCAUUGCAACGUUUUAAAGAAAUUGCCCAGUCUGAUGAGUUUAUGGAUCUUGAUGAAAAAUUUAUUUCAUUUUUGAUGGAAUCAAAUGAAACAAAAGCAAAAGAAGAAGGGAAAUGUAAGAUGUUGUUAGCAUGGACCAAACAUGAUAUUGAUGAAAGAAAGGAAUGUUUUCUUAGUUUGGUGAUGAAAUUUCAGUUGACAAAAAUGACUUUGUCAUAUAGAAGAUUUCUUGUUGAAAAUGAACCAUUGAUAUUUGAAUCUAUGCAGUCUAUCCAGUCCCUGACUUUGUCAAUAUUAGACAGUCAUGGGGAUAUCAGCUCAAAAGAUUUUAAUUUUAAUUUAAAAAAGAAUAAACAGCUAUUUGUUUUUGAUCAAACUUCUCAAAGAAUGCAUUCUCUUGAUGUUGCUGAUAAAACAUCGACACCAAUGCAAACCAUAGAUCAAGCAAUUAUACAGAAUGUAUAUUCUGCUGUAGUGAUGGAAUCUUACAUUUAUGUGAUUUGUACAAAUAAAUUAUUUUAUAGACUUGAAUAUGCUGAAUCAAAUGCAAAGUGGGAACAAAUGACAAAUACAAAUCUUCAGAAUGCAUGUGUAGUUGCACUUGAUGGUUUUGUUUAUGGUAUUGAGUAUGGAAAGCACUCAAACAUUAUGGAAAGAUAUGAUCCAUCAAAUAAUGAAUGGACCAGACUUACGAACAAAUCAUUGAUUCUAGCUUGUGAAUCUUUGGUGGCUGCUUGUGGAAAGGUGUUUUGUAUUGCAGGAUAUUCUAAUCAGCAAUGUCGAGCAACAAAACAAGUUGAGAUUUAUGAUCCUGUCACAUCAACUUGGUCAAUGGAUAAUGGAUCAUUGAAUGAAGCAAGAUAUCGUGCUUCUGCUACUGCUACAGAGGAAGGUAUAUAUGUUAUGGGAGGGUAUAAUGUUAAUGGGGGUACAGUUCUGAAUACUGCUGAAUUUCGUUCAUCUGUAACUAAAACCUGGAUGAUGUUGAAACCAAUGAAAAAUGCAAGACAAUGGUGCAGUAGUUGUGUGAUUGAUGACAAAGUUUAUGUCAUUGGUGGAAAUGGAAAUCUUGCAAAUAUAGAGGAAUAUGAUCCUGAAACAAAAGAAUGGAAAAUCAUUGAAACAAUACAAGGAAAAAAUAUAAUUCCACUGGCAACUGUUGCAAUAUCUAUAUAACAUUAAUUACUCUUAUACUUCACAAAUAUAGUUCUCAUAUUCUUCAUGA